GCUCGGGAUAUGGUUGAACGUUAACUCUGAUCUCAGGCUAAAAUAAGCGUGACAUCAAUGGAGAUCCCACGACAUCUCUUUCUGUUCAACAUGGCACCAGCAUCAACAUUACAGACUUCCGCUGCACAAGAAAAUCGCCAUAUUACGACACAGUUGCAGUCAAAUGGUUUCAUGCUAGAUAUGUCUGACAAGCGACUUGGCUGGCUGACUCCUACUGACCCUCGUUUACCCACGGAAGCUUUACGUGAGAUAUUCGGAAAACAGGGGUAUCUAUUUCUUAAAGGAUUAAUUCCUGCGGAGUCUGCGCUGGAACAACGCCGCCAUUUCUUCGAAAGUUACCAAGGUACCACGUUAUUGGAACCUGGCACAACUCCUGAACAAGGCAUUUUUAGUGGCGAAGACCCUGACGCUCACUCAGACCUUCAAAUCAACUUUUAUCACAAAACUACUGCCAGUGUCUAUGAUUUUGCUAAAAGGGAUGACUUUUUAAAGUUUUGCCAACAAUCUGCAUUGAGGGAGUUUUUGCUCAAGUUUUUCGGUGAAGAGCCGUUUUUGUAUACCAGGAAAAUUAUCCGAUACAACCUUCCCAGAGAGGAACAUUCAACUGCCGUUCAUAUUGACCGCACGUUUCUAAGGGACGCCUCCCCUAACUUAGUUUCAGCUUGGAUACCGCUUGGACCAGCUACGGUUGAAAUGGGUUCUUUGAUGUAUUUAGAGGGUUCUCAUACUAUUGGCAUUGACAUGGAGGAAGACUGGAAACAGGUCAAUCGAGACUUGCCCCAUGAAGAGAAGAUCAACCCCUAUAAUGUCAAUAUGGGCGAAGGAGGUGCCAUUGGCAAAGAUGCCCCAGCGAUUGCAGAAAAGUACGAUCGACGAUGGUUGGUAGCGGAUUACGAACCAGGAGAUGUUGUCCUACACACGCCGUACCUCAUACACUCGGCGUGUCAAAAUCAGGAUACAGACAUGACCAUCCGACUAUCAACUGAUCUUCGCUUCCAACCUGCAAGUGAAACGAUUUCACAACGUUGGUUGAACGAUUGGGCAAUUGGCGACAAACUAUAAUCUUAAUUUAUAUGGCUUGCAUUUUCUCAUAUUGUCUGACCUUGGUACAAUGCGUGACUUUUUUGAACACCGGCACCAGUCUUUUUCAUCAUCAAUGAGAAAUAAAGAAAAAAUUAACAUUAACAUUUAGAUAUGAGUAAGGCUAUCAAGUUUUGUAAGAAUCAAGUAUUCAAAGUAAAGUGUUAAAUCUGACAUUUGGACCAUGUGGUUUUUGUUUGCAC